UUCUUUGCGCAAGCUCCAGCUCCAUCCACCCCCCCCCCCCCAAAAAAUACGUAUAGGGACCGACCAGCCCGACCGAUAAGACACAAUGGGACUCACGAUUAAAAGUUAAUAUAUAAUUAUACACGGCCAUGGCUUCUCCUAUACGAAUUUGUCGACCUUUAAGUCGAUUCGCUACGAUUCUACGACAACGUGGGCCUCAAAAUUGCCGGACAUUAUCUACUGCAGCAAAGACAUUUCCAAAGUACACAACAGCGAAAUACACAAGGACAACACCAUGCACAACAUCCUCUUUCCACACGACCGCACCGCGCCGCGCAGGUGACGAACCGCCGCCUACCGAUUUUAGCGCUUUAGAUGUAUUCGGGAACAUGCCGAUACCCUCGACCGCUAUCGAGGUAUGCAUGCCGGACGGCUUCCAGUUCAACAGCGGAAUUAAGAUCCUCGACGGUUCCGGGGUACUUCUAGUCGGCGGCGAAGCAUUCAAGUGGCAGCCUUGGUUACCCCGUGGCGAGAAACGACUACUGAAUAAGAAGGGACAAUGGGAGGUUCCCAACGAUACAUUUGGCCUGCUUGGGCUGCUAUGGCCUCGACCCGAUCUUCUGAUAUUAGGUCUCGGUCCGGAGAUGCGCCCUUUGAGCCCGGAGUUGAGGAAACAUAUUAGCAGUUUAGGGAUGAGGGUAGAGAUCUUAGAUACGCGAAAUGCGGCUGCACAAUUCAAUCUACUUGCUACGGAGAGGGGAGUUAAUGAUGUUGCGGCAGCCUUGAUACCGAUUGGUUGGAAAGAAGGUAUCGGCGCAACUUGAUGGGCGUGUAGUCGCCCAUAAUAUUCUACACCACUACUAGCCGCUAAGACCAAAGACGCUGCAUACGAUCUAAGGUUAGCGGGAGCCA